UUCCUCCCCCCAACGGUCCAUUUCUUCAACCUUUCCUUUAUAACCCCAACUGUGUCACAUCGUCUACUCUUUAAUUUCUUUUUUACUCUUAUCUCUCUUAUCCUACAUUUACCGAGAUGGAUCUUGUUGUAUUCACAGAGACUAAUCCGACCAAAAUCACUCACGUGAACAAGAAAUCCUCCGACGAAUUGCUCCGUAAGUUCGCCGAUCCUGACGACGACGUCGAAGAGUCAAAGUCAACGAAACGCCGCAAGAAAUCUCAAGAUAAGAUUAGUACUCGAGAGAACGACGCUGACAAUAUAGAAAGUAACGUUAUUGGCUUGGUGGAGAGGAAACGGCUCUUGCUUGCUGCUCCGGCGGCGAGUAAACGGCGAUCUCUGUUUCUCCGACAGCUUGCUUCUGGCAAAUCACAACUCAGGAACAAAUCUCUCGUCAGAACUAUCGGCAAGACAUGGCGUAAAACAAUGGAAGGAGCUUCUAGAGUUUUCAUCGAGAAGCAUUAUAACAGACACAGGCGUCUCAUCAACGACGUCGUUUAGAAUUCUUCAACCUUUUUAUUUUUUUGUUUUUUUCUUUAAUUACAUUUUGUCCCACUAUUAUUUUACAUUCGUUUGUAUUAUUCUCACGUUUAGUAUUUACAUCUUUCUGUCUUCUUUUUUUACUUUUAAGGCAAAUCACUUUCAUGGUUAAUUUUUUUUUUGUAAAGAUUCUAUCCCAAAUUUAAGUUUGUAUUUUAUAA